AUGAACUGCAGCGAGGCGCGGCGGCUGCAGGCGCUGCUGGGCGCAGUGCUGCGGGAGCUGCGCAGCGGAGCCAACGCCAGCGCGGCGGCCGCCGAGCCCGGGGGCGACGCCUCGCUGUACAUCCUGCUCAUCAUGAUCUUCUACGGCUGCCUGGCCGGGGGGCUCAUCCUGGCCUACACGCGCUCGCGGAAGCUGGAGUCCAAGCACGACCCCUACCACCUCUACAUCGAGCGCGACUGGGGCCGCGGCGGCCCGGGCCAGGCGGCCGAGGAGGGCGGACCGGCCGAAGAGGAGCGGCCGCUGUGA